AUGUCGACUCUCACGCGCGCAUUUACCAAGCGCCACAAGCGGCCCGAAGUGUCGGCGCCCAUGCCGUAUCGCGAGGAGAAGCCCAAGGGUCAUGCACGAUUCAAUUCUGGCUCCAUCAAGCGUAGCAAUAUCUCUGGCCCUGUUCAGCUCAUCUCCACCACCAACAUGCUGGCUUACAACGCUCCCGAUCUGAGCUCGAUGGCGCAGUCCCCGCAUUCUUCUGCUUCAUCGAUGCGAUCGCGGGACGAUUCCGAUAUUGCCGUAUCGCCCCACAGCUACUCCUCGUCCAUCACCACCCCCGACCUUUCUCAGAACACUUCUCCCAUCGAUGGCAGCCCAGGUUCUUACUUCCCCAAGCGGUCGGCAACUGUGACUAGCGGCCCACGCUCCUCCACUACAUCGGCCUCAUCAACGGAUGCUCCAUUGGUUCCUACUCGAGCUCUCUCGCAUACCAAACGAUCUCACCAGGACCUUGCACGCAAGCGCUCCCAGUCCAGAAAUUCGCCCCCGACUCUGAAUGCACCGCGCAGCAACCCUACGCUUGGGGCAUCUCUAGAGACUUUCAAGCCUGCGCCCGAGUCGCAUCCAUUCAGCAAAGAGUUAGCGCAGGUUAAUGAGGUGGCCGAGGAGUUUGGCGGCCCCCAUGUUCUGGACGAGGAGGAGCUUUACCUUACUCGCAAGGGACUACACAAGUUCACAGUCGACGACUACCUUGCCGAAAUCGAGGAGGUAUAUGGAAGUGUCUUUGACAACAAGCUUGGACCCAUUAGUGCGGGUCCGUGGCUGUGA